CCGACGGUCAAUCUGCCUGCUCCAAAAUUGGGUUCAUGAGAAUAUGUGAAGUUGCUAUCAUUAUGCUUUGCAUUAUUGUGGUUGAUCAAGAAUAUGGACGAAACCGAUAGCUACAUCUUUACGGAUCAUGGCAUAAGGGCUGACGAUACGGCUUCAUUCGAGAUAGACGACGACAUCUAUGCUGCCUCGGGUUCACCCAACGACCAUGAAUCCUGGGGGCUUAAUGAUCUUCUUGCGCACACCGGCAGUCGAUUCGAGGAAGAGUCUGGAUGGAAUAACGAGGUAAUAAACUUACCGCAAAGCGCGUCUUCGAAGCCGUAUUUGUCAAGACGUAAUCGCCACUGGGACAUUGUCCGACAGACCUUCUUGACUCCCGGUCUAAAAUUAAUCUACGAGCCCCAAGGUCAGCUUGUACAAGAUUGUAUCCCAUGCGAUGUCGUCCUUAUACAUGGACUCGGAAGCAAUGCGAUAUCUACCUGGCAGAGCCGCUCAAGUAACUGCUUUUGGCCAGAAUCUCUUUUGCCGAACAGCCUUCCCGGUGCCCGGGUCAUGACAUUUAGUUAUGAUCAAGGUUCAAGCACUUCGAGCCCCCAGACAUUUAGAAGUGUUGCGAACAAACUACUCCUAGAUCUGUCGAGCUUUCGGAGAGAUUGUCAAGACCGUCCUCUGGUCUGGUUGGCUCAUAGUCUAGGCGGAUUUAUUGUGAAAGCCGCUUUGUCCGAAGCAAGAAUAUCGGGAUUUGGAGAGCCAAAUCUGAAAUCCAUCGAAGAAAACACCGCAGGAAUCAUCUUCUUCGGAACCCCACAUCGUGCCCUGAGCUCAUUAGGCUGGAUGUAUGCUCUAUCGAAAAUCGCAGUCUUCGACCAUGUUGAAAUUGAUGUAUUGGAUACCCUGAAGCCCAACUCCACCAUCGAGCAUCUAAGUCAGUCAUUUGACCAGAAUUUAGACACUCUGAGAGUAUUGAUAUACUCAUUCUAUGAAACCAAUCCUACGACUGCCGGAGGAAUGCCCAUGCCUAUAACAAGUGAGGCAAAUGCGUUAUAUCAUCCCUCAGAAAGAGUGGGAUUCUUGAAUGGCGACCAUAAUAGCAUGUGUCAAUUCGAGAAUGAGUCUCAGCCCGGAUACAGACAAGUGAUUUCUGCUAUCAAGGAUAUCUUACUUAAUUACAAUGGACCCGGCCAACAGCAUCGUUCUACUAGCUCAUUGCUGAGGAUGGUCGGCAUUGAAGAUUCGCCGUCAACAGAAACGAAGAGUUACGCUAUGACGACAUCCGAGACGCAUUUUUCCAAGUCCAUCAUCACGGAACCUGAUGAGUCUAGAGACGAAUAUCAAUGGAAAGCUGACCGUAUACGCGAAUUAUUCCCUGUACACAAAAACAAAUGGACUGGUGAUCUUCCAUUUCAUAACUCUUGUGAUUGGAUCGCAAAAACAGAGGAGGCAAAAGCCUGGCUGCACGGGACUGAAUCCUCAGAUCGUUCCAACCUCCUACUUCUUUCUGGAGCUCCUGGCACUGGAAAAUCGGUAGGUGUGCGAUACCUUAUCGAACAUCUUCGGAAAGAUCUCCGGAAUCAAAGUCUUUCUUUAUUUCCUCGACCUCAUGUCCUUCACUACUUUCACAACUUCCAUACCGAGUCUCCUGCUGCGGCUCGCCAUGUUUUCAGCGAGUUGAUUGCACAAAUGUUGGACACGAAUUUAUCUCUCGUGCGACAUUUUCCGGAUGAUUUCUUUGAGAAGUUGGAGUCGAAAAAACGGAAAAAAGACGAUUGGCCCGCAAAGAACUUGUUACCUCCAAUGGAUAACAAUGAAGCACAUGAAAAUGGAGACUUGCUUGAUGAUGGCAAUCUCUCCAUCAUAUUGCUGUCUAUGCUUCGCGACGCCGAGGUUUCACAAGUCUUUCUCCUUCUCGACGGCUUGGACGACCUUGAAAUUUCGACUUCCCAGCUCACCCUUCUGCUUUGCGAAGACUUUUUGACCAUGGAUGGUAAGCGUUUAUGCUUUACUUGCGGGAUUGGAAAGCAAGCCGAGACCAUGAGACUUUGGGCGGAGAAUCGACAAGCCAAAGUUAUCUCUUUCGACAGGAGACCAAUGGAUAAAGCAAGCAAACGUCGGGUCAACACGAUUACUGCUGAGAGAUCUUGGCGGAGAAGUGCUAUCAUGUCCCAAGUUCAGACCGGGAUCGACGAUCGAUUGCUUUAUCCAACUCAAUGGAGUAGCUCCUACCUGUACAGAAAUAUCCUACACAACACUUGCACCAAAUUCACGACCGAACAGGAGGCUACACUUUUCUUCAACCAGCUUGCUGCACGGCUUAGCACUAGUCCAGAUGAUACGGUUGAGGAACCCCAAGCGAUUUGGGUGCUCUGCCAGCUGCUUGUUGAAAGGUUGUCAGAGAGAACUGACCCUCUUCCUAUGAUCACAUUCUGUUUCAUUGCUCUCGCACGACGGCCAUUGACUUUAGAUGAACUUAACGAUUUCAUCGCGGUGGUAACCUUCCGGUUGGAACAUGCGACAACAAGCCUGCUGGACUUGUCAGUCGAGACAGGGGUUAGAGCGACGACAUUCUCAUCUUUAUCUCUUCCGUUGACGACAGCGCGUGAUAAAAAGCUCGAAGUUGAACAACUCGAACCACGACACAUAGUUGAUUUGUCUCGAUGGCUAGCUGCUGAACUUCCGGGUCUUGUGGACACUCGACAGUCUGUCGUCACGAUCGUCCAUCAAUAUGUCAAGGACACUGUAAUUCGAACUCUAGUUGACAAGGGUAGUCGAGAAGAUGUGGAGGGAGAGAUAUCUAUUGUUUGUCUAGAGUUGACAAAGCUAUUGCAAGCUGGACAACAUCUCCGUGGCUCAGAUAAACAGACUUACGCGUUGUCCGAGUGGUCGAUGCACGUACAACAUGCUCCGGCACAUUCAGGAAAGGUGAACAGCCUUCUGCAAGAGAUCAUGGAUAAACAGCGUGAUGUAGCAUCCCUCUGGCUUAAAGGAGCGAGACGUAAGUGCCCUCCUGAGUCAUUGGAUAUAGCUUGCGUGCUUUCUGCGUUCAACUUGCAUCAUAACCUACAGAAUCUAGCCAAGGAUGUGGUUUUACCUGAUUGUGGGAACGUUCUUUCUCUGCCGCUUCGUAUUGCUGCAUCAAAUGAUGCUCUCGAAGCUCUAAGAUUUUUGUCAGACGAGCGAGGUCAUGAUAUACAUCUUCUCGACCAGCAGAAACGAUCACUGAUGUUCUAUGCAAUCUGGGCUGGAAGCACUCGAGUUCAAGGAUAUCUAAGUACGAAUCUCACAUCAAAUCAAGAGGCUGCACCCGCUGUUAUCCAAGCUCUCGCAACAAAAGGUAACUUGACGGGUAUACCGAACACCUUGCUUGCACGGGCCGAUUUUCAAUCAAAGGUGAUGCGCUCAGCAGCUUUUGAGGGCAAUUUUGGGCUUAUCGAUGUGUUCAUUAAGCGAUUCAAGCUGAAUUUCACUACCUUGCAAAGCACACUGGAAGAUGCUGUGCGAGGUCAGCAUAAAUCAGUCGUCGAAAAAUUAUUAACAAUAUUCGAGCAGCAAAAGAUCCUUGGUGAAAAAAUGGUCAAAUUAGGAGAAAGUCUAAGGCUAGCAGCAAAACGGGCAAAUAUUGAAUUGGUGGAACUACUGCUUGAACAUCGAGCAGACAGCAACGAUCAGUCGCCGCGCAAAGUGUCCGCUUUACACUACGGAGCCCAGAGUGGAAAGAUCCAACUUGUUAAUAUUCUUGUUCGUGCUGGAGCAUACCGAUCGCGACCUGAUGGAAAAGGUCGUACGCCCCUUCACUGGGCGGCGGAACGAGGUCACACCUCAGUCGUUGAGUAUCUGAUCACUACUUCUGAUAAAGGGGAUAACAACGGUCAGACAGCCCUGCAUCUAGCCUGUGCUUGUGGUUCCUUCCCUACGGUUCGAAAAUUACUGGAUUAUGGCUCGAGUGUCAACAAGCGAGAUUUUCAAAAAAGAACUUCUUUGCAUGUGGCGGCCAGAACUGGUGCAGUGGAUCUCGUCAAAAUGUUGCUUGAUGAAGGCGCUGACCCAGAGCUUUUGACGGCUUCCAAAAGGACGCCAUUGCACGAAGCAGCUUCAGGUGGUUGGGCUGAAGUAGCUGAAGCAAUUCUAGCAGUUGGACCGUCCGAACUCGUCGACAAAGUUGAUGUGUUCCAGAAAACCGCGUUACACUAUGCUUGUGCGAAUAAACGCUCCGCCACUCUGAUUGGUCUGCUGCUUGACCAUCAUGCUAACAUUCUUGCUGAAGACAAGCUCAAGAGGCUUCCAAUCCACUACGGUGCUGCUGAAGGAACGGCAGAAAUGGUGAAGCUUCUGCUGCCGUAUGGACGAGACUCUACAGACUUCUUCAAUAUGACGCCUCUGAAUUAUGCAGCAAAGAAUGCAAAGCCCGAGAUCAUAAAGGUAUUGCUUGAUUCGGCACUUUCAGAACUCCCCGACAACGUGUCCAGCAAAGUUGCACACGAGAGAGUCGUCAGCAUGCUUACAGCAUCUAACAAUAAUGCUAAAAUGAGCUUUCAUUACGCUGCGGAGCACCGUGACCCGGAAACUUUUCAAGAAUUGGCGAACUAUUUCUGGCUAAACAGAGGAAUGCACGCCGCCGAAGAGGAACUUAGCGUGUGGCGAGAGCAAUGGCUACGUAUCCUGAAUAUUCCGGACGCAAGGGAUAACACAGUUCGUCGGCGGGCUGAGAUGAAUCCCAAACUUUUGGACUUUCUACAUCAUGUGGAGCCCCGGGUCUACGGUGCUGAAAGACAUCAUUCCACGAAACCGGUGGCUUCAUACCUUAGCAAAAAAAUCACGUGGAGAUUUCCUGUCAACUUUGCUGUUUCCAAAACCCGCAAAAAUCACUACAUUCUACCCCCCGGUAUCCAGUUUCCUCUGAAGAAACUAGCAUCUCUACCCUCGUCUCAGAGACGUAGCGUAUUAUGCGCUUACCAGAGCACUGAAGAAUGUCGCUGGAACGACACAAUUGCAAUCAAAACUAUUCCACUGCAGCAAUCUAGAUUAGCUGUUGCGAGCUAUUCUGCUCAGUUUGAAAUUUUGGAGAGCUUACAUCACAAUCACAUCUCGGCGAUACUUGCAACGUAUGAGCAAGGCCUAGUUUUCGGAAUGGUCAUCUUUCCUGUUGCUGCAUGGAACCUAGAAACUUACUUGCAGCAUAUUUCGAAAUUCAAUAGCCGACAAACAAUUCGGCGUGGGGAGGUUCCAGCCAUCCAUCCAUUUGUCCGACACCUUCGAGGAUUCUUUAGCUGUCUACUUAACGCGAUGAGAUACAUCCAUGAGAACGCCAAAAGACACAACGACAUCAAGCCAUCCAAAAUACUCAUUGAUGUCCACCACAAUGUCCUCUUCGCAGAUCUUUCAGUUUAUCACCAUGACACUCGCUUAGAUGGGGAGUGGGUCAAUUCAGAUGAUGUGUUUGAAUCGACUGAUAUUCCGCAGAGAUUUAAACCUCCUGAGGUUAGCGAAAUGAGUGAAGAUCGGAGGCAUGGGUUCGCCGGCGAUGUCUUUGCGUUAGGUUGUAUCUUCUUUGAAAUGCUUAGUGUGAUUAUGCACCAGCGAAUGGAUUACGCGCAAACCUCGAGACGGAAUUCAAUACGCGAUUCUAAAAAGGUCCAUCAACACACAAUAUUUCUUUACCGGAAUCAUGUCGAUGACCUGAAGUUGUGUCUUGACCAGCUUAAAGAACAACGAGACGAGCUCAUCUACAGUGGUGCCAAAGAUCUGGAAUGCUUCACAGACAGUGUCUUUGAUGCCGUCAAAAUGAUGAUUAGCGAGGACGUGCAUGUUCGUGAUCGACUUGACUUGGCAGAGCUCGAAGACUUAUUCCACGGGGUGGGCGUUAACAUCUGCACUCUCUGUAAAACUUCAUCCAAAUCGAAAAGCGGCGAUCAUCUGUUCCCAUCCUCCUUUGAACAGACUGUGCAUCGCUCAUACACCUCGGAAACUACAUUAUCGCUUCAACUCACACCUGAAAGCGAUAAUUCAGAGUCUGCCGAUGUACAAGAGAUGAGCCAUGUCCGGAUGCCGAUUCGCGCUCACGAUAAUCAUAAUAUCGAUGUUUCUGAGUCUAAGGUGACGGAAUCACUUGCCUCAACCCAUGGACUGGCUGAAGUUGUUGCUUCCAAUGGAUCAGAUAUGGGAGAAAAUGGAAGAGGUAAAUUCCUUGAGGCCCUCACUACUUCAUCACAUCCUUCCCAAUCAUCCAAUGGAGUUGGGGAACAAAUUUCAGGGCCUCCGCCGCAAUACAAAAAUAGAGAGGAGUUUGUCGAUUACAAAGGAGGCUUUAAGGAGCAUGCGGGAGAUGCAGCUUUCAAGCACACAAGCCCUGACCCCGGUAAGCAGACGAGGCCUGACGCGCCAGCCUCAGGUACUUCAGUUCAUGCGGAGACUGCUGUUUCUUCCGACCAAUUACCGCUUCCUGAAGCAGUUGAUAGGCCUUCUGGAACCGAUUUUGGGACGCACCAAUUGGAUAAAGGUCGUUCGAGGUCAUCGGAUUCUCGAUCAUCUCCAAGUCGACUGAAGUUGGUAAAGCGGCUUUCGAGAAUUCUCAAGAAGUAGGUCGUUCUCAUGGAUACCGAGCGCUUUUUUGUUAGGUACUAUUUGUAAUUUACUUUACUUUACUGCCAAAUCUUCUUGGUUAUCCAUGUUUAAUUUUGAUACUAUUCGCGUGGUAUUUCGGCUCAACAAUAAGCGAGC